UAACAGACCCAGGCACAGAUCGGAUGACAUAAGCAAGGCUUAAGGUGGAUCACAUGAUCUAACCCUGAAACAGGCUAGCGUGCGAAUCAAGCGAGCUGGCCCGUGCACUUCCCCAUCGGGGCGGCACACAACGAUUUUCUACCCCGAACCUUCGACUUUCCUUCAACAGCGCCAACGACCCUCGUCAACAACCCCCCGUCAACUCCCCCCACGACAACUCAAGAUGACUCACGAGUCCGUUUGGUUCAGCCGCCCCCGCAAGUACGGCAAGGGCUCCCGCGAGUGCGAAAGGAAACGCUGCAAGAGACUCGGAAUCACGAACUACGACGAAAUUGGAGGAACAACUUGGCUAAUUAUGCUCGAUCGAUACAGCCGUGUCUGCGCUCACCGCGCUGGUCUGAUCCGCAAGUACGGCGUAUGUGGAAACAUCCCUGAUACCGGCGCACGAAGUGCUGCUCGAAUGAACAUCUGCCGUCAGUGCUUCCGUGAGAAGUCCACCGACAUCGGUUUCGUCAAGGUUCGUUAA